CGGUAGCGGCGGAGGCGACAGCCAUGGCCGGGGCGCUGGCAGGUCUGGCCACGGGCUUGCAGGUCCCGCGGGUCGCUCCCAGCCCAGACUCGGACUCGGACACGGACUCGGAGGACCCGAGUCUCCGGCGCAGCGCGGGCGGCUUGCUCCGCUCGCAGGUCAUCCACAGCGGUCACUUCAUGGUGUCGUCGCCGCACAGCGACUCGCUGCCCCGGCGGCGCGACCAGGAGGGGUCCGUGGGGCCCUCCGACUUCGGGCCUCGCAGUAUCGACCCCACACUCACACGCCUCUUCGAGUGCUUGAGCCUGGCCUACAGUGGCAAGCUGGUGUCUCCCAAGUGGAAGAAUUUCAAAGGCCUCAAGCUGCUCUGCAGAGACAAGAUCCGCCUGAACAACGCCAUCUGGAGGGCCUGGUAUAUCCAGUAUGUGGAGCGGAGGAAGAGCCCCGUGUGUGGCUUCGUGACCCCCCUGCAGGGGCCUGAGGCUGAUGCGCACCGGAAGCCGGAGGCCGUGGUCCUGGAGGGGAAUUACUGGAAGCGGCGCAUCGAAGUGGUGAUGCGGGAGUACCACAAGUGGCGCAUCUACUACAAGAAGCGGCUCCGUAAGUCCAGCAGGGAAGAGGACCUCCUGGCCCCUAAGCAGGCGGAAGGCGGGUGGCCGCCGCCGGAGCAAUGGUGCAAACAGCUCUUCUCCAGUGUGGUCCCUGUGCUGCUGGGGGACCCAGAGGAGGAGCCGGGUGGGCGGCAGCUCCUGGACCUCAAUUGCUUUUUGUCCGACAUCUCGGACACUCUCUUCACCAUGACUCAGUCUGGCCCUUCGCCCCUGCAGCUGCCGCCUGAGGAUGCCUACGUUGGCAAUGCUGACAUGAUCCAGCCGGACCUGACGCCACUGCAGCCAAGCGUGGAUGACUUCAUGGACAUCUCAGAUUUCUUUACCAACUCCCGCCCCCCACAGCCGCCCAUGCCUUCAAACUUCCCAGAGCCCCCCAGCUUCAGUCCCGUGGUUGACUCCCUCUUCAGCAGUGGGACCCUGGACCCAGACGUGCCCCCGGAUUCCUCGGCCAUGACCCACCUCUCUGAACCCAGCCGUCUGCAGGCUCGGAACAGCUGCCCUGGUCCUUUGGACUCCAGCGCCUUCCUGAGCUCUGAUUUCCUCCUUCCUGAAGACCCCAAGCCUCGGCUCCCACCCCCUUCUGUACCCCCACCUCUGCUGCAUUACCCUCCCCCUGCCAAGGUGCCAGGCUUGGAGCCCUGCCCCCCACCUCCCUUCCCUCCCAUGGCACCACACACUGCUUUGCUGCAGGAAGAGCCUCUCUUCUCUCCCAGGUUUCCCUUCCCCACUGUCCCUCCUGCCCCAGGAGUGUCUCCGCUGCCUGCUCCUACAGCCUUCCCACCCACCCCGCAGUCUGUCCCUAGCCCAGCCCCCACCCCCUUCCCCAUAGAGCUUCUACCCUCAGGGUAUUCAGAGCCUGCCUUUGGGCCUUGCUUCUCCAUGCCCAGAGGCAAGCCCCCCGCCCCAUCCCCUAGGGGACAGAAAGCCAGUCCCCCUACCUUAGCCCCUGCCACUGCCAGUCCCCCCACCACUGCAGGGAGCAACAACCCCUGCCUCACACAGCUACUCACAGCAGCCCCAGCGGCCUCAUGGUUCCACCCAUGCACAGCCAAGCCGGAGCAAGCCCUGGAGCCACCACUUGUAUCCAGCACCCUCCUCCGGUCCCCAGGGUCCCCGCAGGAGACAGUCCCUGAAUUCUCCUGCACAUUCCUUCCCCCGACCCCGGCCCCGACACCGCCCCGGCCACCUCCAGGCCCGGCCACAUUGGCCCCUUCCAGACCCCUGCUUGUCCCCAAAGCGGAGCGGCUCUCACCCCCAGCGCUCAGCGGCAGUGAGCGGCGGCUGUCAGGGGACCUCAGCUCCAUGCCAGGCCCUGGGACUCUGAGCGUCCGUGUCUCUCCUCCGCAACCCAUCCUCAGCCGGGGCCGUCCAGACAGCAACAAGACCGAGAACCGGCGCAUCACACACAUCUCCGCGGAACAGAAGCGACGCUUUAAUAUCAAGCUGGGGUUUGACACCCUUCAUGGGCUUGUGAGCACACUCAGUGCCCAGCCCACCCUCAAGGUGAGCAAAGCUACCACACUGCAGAAGACAGCCGAGUACAUCCUUAUGCUACAGCAGGAGCGCGCGGGCUUGCAGGAGGAGGCCCAGCAGCUGCGGGACGAGAUUGAGGAGCUCAAUGCCGCCAUUAACCUGUGCCAGCAGCAGCUGCCUGCCACAGGGGUACCCAUCACACACCAGCGUUUUGACCAGAUGCGAGACAUGUUUGAUGACUACGUCCGAACCCGUACACUGCACAACUGGAAAUUCUGGGUGUUCAGCAUCCUCAUCCGGCCUCUGUUCGAGUCCUUCAACGGGAUGGUGUCCACCGCAAGCGUGCACACCCUCCGCCAGACCUCACUGGCCUGGCUGGACCAGUACUGCUCUCUGCCCGCUCUCCGGCCAACUGUCCUGAACUCCCUACGCCAGCUGGGCACAUCUACCAGUAUCCUGACCGACCCGGGCCGCAUCCCUGAGCAAGCCACGCGGGCAGUCACAGAGGGCACCCUUGGCAAACCUUUAUAGUCCUGGCCAGACCCUGCUGCUCACUCAGCUGCCCUGGGGGCCACUUUCCCUGGGCACGGGCUCCAGGGAUCAUCUCUGGGCCCUCUUCAUGCCCCAGGCCCUGGCUCUGCCCUUCCCUGAGCGGGGAGGGGUCAAGCUGGGUCCAGGUUUCACACUUCCCACCUCCUGGAGGCCAAGAGGAGCAGAGUCCCCAUCCCUGCUCUGCCACUAUGCUCCAGCACCAUGACCUUGGGUGACUCGUCCCCCAUCUUUGGACCUCUAUGUUUCAAUGUGCAAAAUGGGGAUGGGGAAGUUUCAAUCAGCAGAUGACCCUAGGCCUUGGCAGCUGUAACAUUGGGGGCCCAGGCUGGCAACUCUGGGGGCUCAACGGUGGGAAAACGAGGAUGCUGUUUCCCUGUCACCUGCACCUGCUCCCCGACGAGUGGGGCACAGACCUCUGUUCCUGAGCAAAGCAGCAGAAAAGGAGGUUCCCUCUCUGUGCUCCUUCAACGGCUAACCCAGAGGGGCUGCAGGAUGGUUUCCCCUGGGAGAGGCCAGGAGGGCCUGAUCCCAGGAGACACCAGGGCCAGAGUGACCACAGCAGGGCAGGCAUCGUGUGUGUGUGGACGUGUGUGUGUGGGUUUUGUAAAGAAUUCUUGACCAAUAAAAGCAAAAACUGUCUGCCGG